GGCGGGGUCAGCGUGGACUUUGCUGGCAGCAGUCACAAGCAAGCCUGUCCAGCCUCUCAGACGAGCGUUUGAGGUCCUCUUUUUCCCCUCUAAUCUCACUCUCUCGCUCUUUUUUUCUGAUGUGUCUCUUUUCUGUCUUUUUCUUUCAUUUUCUUUUCCCUCCUUUCCUUUUAGGUCUCCCCCGCACUUGUUGCCCCAUCUAGACGGAAGUGAUGGGCCAACGGCUUUGAAGCGCUGGCAGCGAUGAAGCUGGAACUUGGACAAGCAGGGUCGAUAUUCACUGGCUGGAUUCCAUCCUGCUUAUUUUGUCCGACUCCUGCAGAUGACGAUGAUGCUGGCUCUCGUCAUCGGCAGGCUGGGAAAGAUAAGGGUGUCGAACGGGAAAUGAAGAUAUGCCAUACUCAACCUCAUCUUGUUCCUCCCAUGAGACUGGUCGUCUAUGAUGACCUUCCGAGUCCGGGUCCUCCACCUCGGACGGCGUCGCUGCCAUCCUGGGUGGUGAAUGAAGGCAGGCAACUGGCUUCACGAGCAUCUAGCCGGGCCAGUAUGUCUUUCAAGAGAAAAUCCACUGCGCCUUUGAGAAUCAGCGCGCCAACGGACUUUCGAAGGAUUGAUAUCGACCCUUUCGAGGACUCGGAUGAAUUCCAGCCAUUGGAGUUGAGCAUCCAUACUCCGAAGAAUCGGUUGUCGAAUCUUCCCAGUUUCGAAAACUUUGGAAUACAAGAAGAACGACAAUAUCUUCCGGCCCGACCCCCGAGAGUUCUAUCCCCUUCGGCUGAUAUACCACGCUCUCGAUCUCAUCGGCCCUCACAUUCAUUCCAGUUGCCUCGCAAGCCAGUAGGCUCUGGAUCGCGUCGAUCCUCGCUAGCUACUCUGGAGCAGCUCUUGGAAAGACAACAGUCACCCAUGGCCAGUCCUCUUAUACCCCAUUUCUCAAGUCGGCCCUCAACCACAGCUGGCCCUGCCGAUAACCUUCCUUCACCUGCGCCCACCAGGCUGGAUUCCCCUGGUGACUUUGGAGGUCUGUUCAACACUGAACGCCGUAGGCGAACAGACGAUGCGGAAGCUUCCACGUUCCCUAGAACUCCAACAAACCUGCAGGACAGGCCAUUCACCUCUAUGCCUCCUCCAGAGGAGGAGUCUUCUUCCAUUGACUCUCCCCGUACCCCCACCGCUUGCCCUGACAGCCCAAAUACAACGCCCUCACGAGCUCAGCGCUCGGGCCGAGUAACACAAUGGCUGUUCCCAGGAAGCAACAAGAAUGGCUCUCCCCAAUCAAGUCCGUUGAAAUCGGCUUGUCAUGACAAAGCCACUGCUCGCACUCGCACCCGAACACUGAGUGGCUCGACCCUGGCUUCGUCCUUGAGCUCCAUCACGGGAAAUUUCAAAAUUACCCCGUCCUUCUCCAGUGGCCUGGCAGCGUCACCGACGUUUCGCUCAGACAGCCGCAGGGGAAAGGAGUUCGAUUUGCCAAUUUCUCGACCUAUUCCCAUCACAAGCUUUGAAGAACGGGCGUAUCCUACGAUAUACGAAGGGCAGCAGCAGCCGCCUCAACAAGAAUAUCAGGAUUCGGUCUAUAAACAUUAUGCGAGACAACGUGAGUCUGCAGUUGGCGUUGCGUUUUGAUCUUUCUCGAUCAAUCAGCACUCGCCGGUAUAGCAUCGCUAUACCCGUUAUCAUCGCUUGAUGAUUUAGCAAGCAAAUGGAGGCGGAUAUAUUCUAAUGGGCCCUACAGGUUCACAUCUGUCUACCACUUUUAAUUACCUUUCCCUCUCGCCUCUCUCCAUUUUCUUUCCGUUCGACACGUUUGAUUUUGCUUAUCUCACACGGAGUACUUGCACAUCAGAUACCCUUUGCUUUUUUCCUCCCCUGGUUCUUUCGCUAGAUAGAACACUAUAACUCAACAUAUACUCCAUUAAAUCACAUUCUAUUCAUAUAUAUAUAACCAAUAGCUUCACAC